UCGAUAAUACCGUAUAUCGUUAUCGGUCUUGUGUUUACGUGUUUUAAUUAAAUUUUUAAAUUAUAGAAUAUGACGAACCUUCAACGCUGGCUUUUUUACGCAACACUCUUCGCAGUGCCCUACCUUUCUGUUGUGCUGGGCACAGUGCAAACGCAGUUGACGAGCAAAUAUCUGCUGCAAAUUCAGCUGCUGCCGCUUCUGCUGCUGGUUCUCUUUGGCUUAUACUCCGUGUGGACUGUGCUGUACCGGACAUUUACCUUCAACGAUUGCCCCGAGGCGGCAAAGGAGCUGCAGGCUGAGAUUCUGGAGGCACGGAAGGAUUUGAUUGCCAAGGGAUUUCGGUUUCGCGACUGACAGAGUGGGCAACAUACUACGCUGAAACCUUGUGCAUGUUAAUUUGUAAUUCCAUUAAUUAUAAAAGUUGUAUACGAAUGUA